UAGGAUCUCUGCUGAAUAAAAGAAUUUAUUACAUGCCGUCGAGGCUAAGGCUGCAGAAGAUCUCGCGGAAACCCGAGUUGGAACUGGCAUAUUUUUGGGACAUAUGUUUUCCCUUUUUAACAAAUGAUUGCUUUCAAGAUAUGGGCACUUUUGCGUAAGCUCUUAUUUACAGGUAUUUCAUUUCGCUAUUUUUUUACAAAUCGUGAAAUAAAAGACACGCGAGCAUUAGUAUUGGGUGCUAAGCAUCCAACGGCAGCGCAGUUAAAGACAUCCAUAACAUUUCAAAGACUCCUCCUAUGUUAGGAAAGCCAGAUUUUUCAAAUCUUCUAAAUGCUUCAAAAGCCUGUUUUGUAAGAAACCUACUAACAGGUGAUAACUGUGUUGAAUCAAGUGAAACUGAGCAUUGGGUGAAUUCCACGUAGUGGUUCUCGUUGUUCAUAAUUUGUAGACGCCACAGGCAGCUUUCUGUGUCAUAAGUUCUUCAAGUACAGGUUUUUGAUGUGUUCUUGUCCGAUAUCAUGGAUCACGGAACAUUAGUUAUAAUGUCCUACAGGUCGUGGAAUCGUUUAUGGUUGGUACAUUGUUGCUACGGGUUUCAAAGAUGACUCGGACGUGAUCCUGUUAAAAUAUGAUGUAAAUCUCACAAUAGUUCGAGAAACGCAGGUUACAUUAACAAGUGCAGAGACUCAAGCUAGUCACCACCAAGACAACUGCUUCCUUUACAAACAUCACUCUAGCUGCCAUCACUACCGUUGAAAUGUGGGGAGUAAUACUCUCUUGUGCUCUUCUCCACAAUGUCUUCGCGACCGWGCCAGAUCCUAUUACAAUUGAAGGGGGUAAAAUCCAAGGGUUUGCAGAAACUUUAAAAAACAACCAUGUUGUUCACAAGUACCUCGGCAUUCGUUACGCUCGUGCAGAACGUUUUGAGAGACCUCGCCCUGUAAGAGAAUCAUGGAAAGGUGUUAAGGAGAUGAAAACGUUUGGGAAAGUUUGUUACCAGUCUUUGGCUUUAACGAAGCCCAGUCGAUUCAAACCAACAAUCGAAGAUAUGGAUGAAGAUUGUUUAAACCUCAACGUGUAUGUCCCUGCCGCCUCGAGCAGCAACCCAAGAGCUGUSAUGUUUUGGAUUCAUGGAGGUGGAUUUAUAGCCAACUCUAACAGAAUMUCUGAUGGUAGUUAUUUGGCAACAUUAGGAGAUGUUAUUGUUGUUACCAUCAAUUACCGGCUAGGUGUAUUGGGCUUUCUUCAUCACAGACCAAGCGGUUUAAGAGGCAACUAUGGCCUUUUUGACCAGCUAGAAGCCUUAAAGUGGGUGAAUCGAAAUAUUGCAGCAUUUGGAGGUGAUCCAAAUCGGGUGACAAUAUUUGGUAACUCCGCAGGAGGUGCUAGUGUGUCAUUUCUCUGCUUGUCACCAUUGGCCCGCAACCUUUUUAAAUACACGAUUAUGCAGUCCGGGGUGUCAAAUCUCCCAUUUGCCUAUCAAUUCUAUAAAGACGAUCCUAACUUGUUGGAAUCUUACAAGAAGAAUUUGAAGUGCACCAACGAYCUUAGUGURAUUGAUUGUUUAAAGUCCGUCCAACCUAGUGUCUUGUUCAGUGUACGAGCACCGCCUCUGGCAAAUCCUGUAGUGGAUGGAGAAUACGUCACAGAUUCUCCAAUUACCUUGCUGGACAAAGGAAUGUUCACAAACCCUGAUAGUACUAUGAUAGGUGUGGCCAGCGAUGAUGGAUCGUGUCUAACGAAUGCCAUACCGGAACUAUCGAAUCCUUCAAUCAACAUUAGAAGUGACAGCAUAACAAGACAGUACCUUCUUGGUUUAAUCAAYGGUCUAUCCCCUUAUUUAAACGACUUGYCCAAGAGGUUUAAAAGUUUCGUCCCAUUUUACAAGAAGGCUGUUAUUCAGCAAUACAGUCCAUGGGCGAAUCUCAACAAAACACCUCAAAACCGACGCAURAUUCUUGACCUUUUGAAAGAUAGCUCGUUCAUCGCUCCAUCGAUUUACCACGCGAAUGCAUUUGUCGAAAACGGUGCAAAAGUGUUUUUCUAUCAUGUGGACUAUGGUUUAAACAUGGAUGGCUACUUUACGCGUCCAUCGUUCUUAAAGGCUUAUCAUGAAACAGAGAAGUUUAUGGUGUUUGGAUUUCCUUUGGCAGCCUCACAGCCCUCAGCAGUCGAUGUUGCAAUAUCCGAAAAUGUCAUAAAAAUGUGGUCAAACUUUGCMAAAACUGGAGAUCCCAACCCGUAUGCUCCAGGUGGAAAUUCCUGGCCUGAAUACGAUCCAAACUCGAGAAAAUAUUUGUCAAUUGAACCCAAUUUGAGAGUAAAAAGCAACCUGCGACCUCAUCACAUGGCUUUUUGGAACGAUUUCCUCCCKUCAUUGAAUAAGACCGCCUACGAAUCRUGUGUUUCUAAUCCUGAGAGCAGCGGUGGUUCUGGAAGCGSUUCUGGCGCMGAGRCUGUAAGCGGGUCUGGCGGAGAGACUGUUAGCGAGGACGUUGAGACGGAUUCUGUUUACAAGUCCUUUCCUUUCYUAGGUCUAUACUAAAGAAUAUUGUCAAGACAAAUAUGAAAAUAAAUGUUAGUGAGAAACUUAAA